AUGACGGCUGCCAGCAGUACAACAGAUGUCGAAACGGCACCAGAGAAGGACGUUAAGGAUAUCAAGGAUGAGAUCUCGACGCCAAAGGAGUCAGAAUACCCUCCUCUGCCCAAGGUGAUCGUCAUUAUUCUUGCUCUCUACCUGGCCGUCUUAUUGGUGGCUCUGGGUCAAACCAUCAUCGGCGUGGCUAUCCCCAAGAUCACCGAUCAAUUCAAAAGAGUUGAGGAGACUGAGCUCAAUUACUGCCAAGUACAGGACAACGUUUUAUUCCAGAUCUUGGAUGAGAUCAGCGACGAGAAAUUACCUUGA